AUGAGCAUGAACAGUAGCAGCGGCGGCGUUUGGCAGAGCAACAACGGUUACUAUGGGUAUGGCUACGGAGGAGGAGGUUACGUGGAGAAGAGACAGCUGUUCCUUAAGAGCUACCAGUUCUCGAGGAAACAGAGCUUAACGGAGAAGAUCAAGAGAUCUGUGAGGAGAGUGGUGAAGAAAGUGGUUUGGAUGAGGUUGAAAUCCGCUCGGAGGCUGAAACGCGUGGUUUGGUCGCGUGUCAAAACGGCGUUUUUCAACCGCCGUAGACGUUUCUUUCGUCUUCUGCACCCAAACAAGAAGACUUCCUCCUCCUACUGCUUCUACUAG